AUGGACGCUUUUGGUGGAGGACGGCCUCGGCUGUCCGCUUCGUCCGCGAUGUCUUCCUUUUUCUCUUCUCACGACGGCCGCGCCACCUGCUGCUCCCCGCCCGUACCAGCUUCGCACUGCUUUUCUCUCUCUGGGCACGACGGCCGAAGGGAGCUGCUGUCUGACGCGGGAAAGGAAUGCGAAACGCACGUCGCCAACCACAACACUUUGUGGAGCGAAUUCUUCAAAAGCUGCUGCUUCAAGGCCCCCCUGAAGGUCGUGGGCUCUUUGUACACUGCAUGCUUGGUCGUCGGAUGCAUCGUCGGCGCGAGGUUGCAUCUCCUCGGGCCAACUGACGCUGUCCUGCCUGCAGUUCUUUCUCUCCUGAGCUUCCUCCUCUCCGCCUCCUGCCGCUCACUGCUUCUCACACCGCCGAGUGAAGCUCUCCGCGCAGUCUCUGAGAGCCCGGCCCUUGGAUCUCUCGCUGCUCCUGGUUUCGUCUUGUUUCUUUUGCUCGCUGGGGUCUCACACCUAGGCGCAGUCGCCUUCGCGCUCGCGCCGCUUCGCUUCCUUCUUGAUGAGCGCCGAUGUUUCCUGCAUGCCUUCCUCAUUCUCUUCGCGUGCAGCGUCGUGUUUCUCCAUCUAUACCGCCACGUCGCGCAGUGUCGCUUCCAACUGCUGCUCUGUCCCUUGAAGCCGGGGCUGGCUCCGAUUCUGUUGGGACCGUUCUUGCGCUUCGCCGUCCUCGAGACGUUCGCUGGCUUUCUCCUUUCUCUGCCUUUGUUUCUUCUGCUCUUCCCCGGCCUGUCCAUCUUCAGCUCCUUUCACUCGCCGUCUACGCUCUUCUCUGCCUUCGGUCUCUCUUCGGCCUCGCGGGCCUCCUCCUUUCUCGACGGGCUGCCGGACGACGGUGAAGACGUUUCCGCGUUCUCCGCCUCCUUCGCCCUGUCGCGCCCGCUCUCGUUUCUCGCGUCGCUGCUCUUGAUUCCCCUCCGCCUGUCUUUCGUCUCCCUCGAGGGCGCGACCGUCUGCGCGGCCUCGCUCUCCGCCACCGCUCUAGCCCAGGCCCUCGUUCUCUUUCUCCUCAACGUCCAUGGCGAGCUUCAGCAGCAAGCCCGGGCUUCAGACUGCGCCGCCAUUGCGGCCUUCGUGGGGUCGAUGGCAGCCUCGUCGCUGUCGCCCUCUCUGGCGCUCUCCUCGGCGUCAGCAGCCUUCUCCUCCGCGAAGCCGGUAGCGUGCGCGGCAGACUCCCGCGCUGCCUCAGCGCCUUUACGGAAAUUCGCCAGCUUUGCGCCGCCGGCCACGGGACGAGCUUUCGACGAACAGUGUCUCCUUCUUCGGUGGCUGUAUGACUGCGGCGAAGCACUCCAAAGCUCUAUUUGGACUGAUUCUCCGUCGUUCUCGUCCCUACCCCCCUACUCCCCCGUUCUUUCUCGCUCGACGGCUCUGAGUUCGCGGUCCCCUUUCGGCACCGCGCUCUGGGGGCGUUGCCCCGUCUGCGACCCCAGUUUUUCUCGGGCGGGGGUUCAGGGGCCUGCGGCGGGGGCCUUCGCCUCCACGAGGCCCUGGGGGAGCGCCUUGGACGCAGGCGUCGGCCGCGCAGGGGGCGGCGCCUGGCAGAUUCAGGCCCUCCUAGAAGGCGGCAAACACGGCGCUGCUCAGCGCGAGAAGUGCCCUCUGGUCCCCGCGCUGGCGGAGUGGUUUUCGGAGUGCGCGGACGACUUCCCCCUGCUACCGCCUUCGCCCCAGUCCGCACUCGUGCUGCCCUGCGAAGGCUGCCAGAAGGGCGCCUGGAUGGCGACGUGGCAGGAGGCGAGGCGACGGAAAAAGAUGACCAAGUGGAGCGACGAAGAAGGCCGAGAGAUUUUACUCUUCACUCGACGAGAGGCCGCGACCCUUGUGGCUCAGCAGAUGCUCCACGCCGGCGUCGUCGGCACCUCCGCAGUCCGACCCAACCUGGUCUUCAGCAUGUACGAGAGCCUGGUUUUCGGGUUGUUGACGCAUUUUGUGCGACUUCUCCGCUCCAUGCAGCAGGUCUGCCUGGCGGCCUCGUGCCCUGCGACGUUGGUCUCCUCCGGUGUGAACUCGGGAUUCUCUUUUUCGAAGAACGAGGCAGAGACGCAACGCGCAGCUGUCGCGGCGGCUGCGAUGGUGGCGGCGGAGGCGUCGUUCCCCUUCCCGGCGUCGCGCUCCGCGGCGAUUAGCCAGCAGCGCGCGGCCGCUGCGGCGGGUGCAGCUGCCUCCGCUGCGGCGCAGGCAGCGUGCGCGGCGGAGAAGGCGUCCGCGUGGAAGCGAAGCAUCGUCAGCGCCGCGCUCGCGGAGAAGCUGAGGCCUUUCCUGCCUCCAGUGGUGUUCGCGCUUCUAGUCGGGCGAGACCGCGCGGAGGCCUGCUGCGGGGCGCCCGCGAGUGACAACAAAGACGAGAAGGCGGCGCAGAACGGUCAGCGCCGACUGCGAAGCGAGAGGGACGGCGGCGCGCAAGUGAACAGUGCCGGGGGGAAGCCAGGCUGCGUCGUCGCCCGUGUCCUCGGCUCGCUUGGGUCGCUCGUCGGUGGCGCCCGCUCGCGGCCCUUCGCCUGGCUUUCCGCAGACGAGAAGCGCAGAGCAGAGCAAGGGCGGUGGAAACACGCGCAAGUCGAACUCUCCGUCAUGCUCAACUGCGUGGCGUGCGCAGUUGAAGGCUUCGCACUCUGGCUCUGCGCCGCAGCUGCUGUCGCCAGCAAAGUCGCCGAGGGCAAGGAGUCACUCGCGCGGCCCGAGGACUCUGGAGACGAGGAACUGACCUCAGGCGCCUCCGAGCCAUUUGUGAGCCUCGCCGUUCGCGACGCCGCUGCCGGGCUCGUCUUGAACGUGCUCGAGAUUUUGAAUCAGCAGCAGCUUCUCCGCCGGUCGGCUCGUCCCCACGCUCUCGCAGACUCGCCUGGGCGCCUCGGCGUGCUCAAUCCGGAGCUCCUGGUUGCCAUGGAGGACCUCGACAGACGAACGCGACGCGCGGUGGUGCUGAUGUGCCGCUACGAGCCGCUGAAACUGCGGGCGCUUGCCGCGGGUGUCGGUCCGGCGGCGUCGCUCUCACCUCUCAUGCAGACGCAGUUGCGAAAGCUGUUGUCGUCUGCGUAG